GCGGCGGACAGAAAGCCAAAAGGCGGAGAGAGAGGUUAAGUCACGAUGAAUCUUCGGGCCCGUGCACAAUUUUGUUUCUCUCGGCUUGUCAUGAUUUGAUUGUUAUUCGGUCUGAAUAAUCUUAUUUGUCUCUGGAGGAACACCACACGCCUCCAUUGAUGAUUUCUUUCUCUACCUCUCCCAGGAAUUGACUUCUCCCCGGCUUCUUCUUUCUUCUCUUUUAUCAUUUUCUCUAUCUUGAACUUCCCUACGCUGAACGAACCUACCUCGCCGGGGAGCGCGACGAAUUUCCCCCAAAGCCGCACGUACAUCAGCUGCACGCCAGCAUCAUGUCCUAUCCAAAACUUACUCCAGCUCUCACACCUCAGCGACCGCUACCCGGCGCUUUUUUUCAGACCCCUGGCCCCAACAAUGCUCCGAGUGCGCCAGUUUUCUCCCCGAAGCCAGCUCCCCCCGCAGAGCAACCUUCACCAGCUUCUCUCCCAAAGCUCCCUCCGGCCGCCUCGAAGACAAAAAGCCAGACUCUAAGCACAGAGGAGCGCGCGGCUCGAACUGUUAAUGAUACGCUCACCCAAGAAUCCCGCUAUCCUGACCUGGACAGCUACCUCUCUCAAGGAUUCUCGUCUGACUAUGAUAUUCCUGUUUCGCCAUCAUGGGCACCCUUCCAAAAAGUGAAGAUGUAUAAUAUUCCGGAUCAGAUCUUUGAUCAGUAUAAUCGUGCGCAGGUCUCGACAAGCAUGGGUCUUUUCGCAGAGCUGAAUCACGCCUGGGUUGCCAUUGACAAUGCUCUCUACAUCUGGGACUACACACACCCAAAUCCCCAACUAGUGGGAUUCGAAGACCAACCGAACAGCAUUAAUGCAGUUAAACUGGCCAAAUCUCGACCCGGGGUGUUCUUGCCUUCGAUCACACACUUGCUUGUCAUAUCAACAACGGCAGAGAUUAUCCUCCUUGGCAUGGGGUGCGAAACGACCGCUACUGGUGCACGCCAGGUGACUUUGUAUCAGACGGGCAUGUCUACACCAAUCCGUGGCCUGGACAUUCACGUAAUCGCGUCGUCGGAAGCGACAGGUCGUAUAUUCUUCGGCGGUUCUUCUGACAAUGAUGUUUAUGAGCUCACAUACCAGCAAGAGGAAAAGUGGUUUCAAGGACGGUGCUCGAAAGUGAACCACACUAGCUCUCGUUUGUCGGCCCUCACUCCUAGUCUGAGCUUCUCGAGCUUCACACAAAAGAUGUUCGAGAACGUAGAACAGAUGGAGGUCGAUGAUAGUAGAAGGCUGCUUUACACACUGUCGUCCUCGUCCACAAUCAGAGUAUUUCACAUGAAGCCCGAUGGUACUCUUGCCUUGGCCAUCACGAAACCUGCGUUGGACAUUUACGCCAAUAUCGGACAUAUAAUCGCAUCAAACGAGACCCUGAAUCCCAAGGUUCCGAUCGUUUCCAUCAGCCCCAUCCCAGCUGCGGAAGCAUCGAGAUAUCAUUUAAUGGCCACCACUGCUACUGGAUACAGGAUCUACCUAAGUGCCACUGGCUCGUAUAAUUGGUCACCGGCUCCCAACGGUACCAAUGCACCUACAAGCAUGCAGGCUCACCAUGUAAAGACUCCGCCUUUCGAUACCACUUCCGCAAGUCCAAUGGGUCCAGGCUUCCAGGGUCAGGGACGUUUCCAGCCGUCAGUGGCAAAGAUCCCGAUCCAUUCUCUGGACCCGACCAGGUUUACUGUUCGGUACCCUCCUGGUUACUUCUUUUGUUUCACAUGCAAGGAUCCUACGCAAAAGACAGAUACUCUAUUCGUUUCGUCCCCUGACUCAGGUCGUGUGGCUCGUUCCCAAGAAAAUGUGAUUCCUGGGAAGGCUGCUGAGACAGCUAUUUGGCUUUCUCUGGGUAGCAGGGCGGAGGAUGUUGGUCUUUGCUCCCCAUCCACCGCGGCUUCGGCGACUCCUGGUGGUUUUGGUAAUGAGCUUGCGGUUCAAUUUGACAACCCUGCCGCCGAAAUCGCCAUCCUGACGAAUACUGGUAUUCAUAUCAUCCGUCGUCGACGUCUUGUUGACAUGUUUGCGGCCCUGGUUCGUGGUGGGGGUGACGGCGAUGAAGGCUUGGAAGGAGAAGUAAAGAACUUCAUUCGGACUUAUGGUCGGAGUGAGACGCUUGCGACUGCGCUCGCUGUCGCCUGCGGCCAAGGCGUAGAGAUUUCCGCGGAUUCGCGCCUGACUCAGAUUAACGACCCCCAUGUGCUGGAAUUUGCACGUAAGGUCUUUAUCGAGUAUGGUGGCAGACCGACAAUGAACGAAAAUGCCGUUGCUGACAACUCUACCCCGGCAAUCGAUGCAGUGGUUCCGUCACCCCGGCACGCGGGCAUUGCUCUUUACAUGUCGAGAUUGUUACGCUCCAUCUGGAGGAAGGAGAUUGCUAAGGUUGUCCCCUCUCCCAAUGGGGCACAAACUAUAUCACCGUCUGUUUCGUCCGCAAAGUUGCAAACCAUCCAACGCGAUCUGUCUGCUCUUCAAGACUUCUUCAAAGCUAAUAAGAGCUUCAUUGAGGGGCUAAGUGGACCAGAGGCUCUGGCGCGUGUAUCGACCAAACAAGAAGAAACCGCGCUUCAAGCGGAACACCGAGCAUUGCAUUCCCUUGUUCAAUUGGUAUCUCACACCAUUGAAGGCAUUUCUUUUGUUCUGGUUCUCUUCGAUGAGCGGGUUGACGAAAUUGUUGCAACGUUGCCAGAUGAAUCGAAACAACGAUUUAUGAAGCUUACAUUUGAGGAACUCUUCAGCACCAGCAAGGGUCACGAUAUUGCAAAGGAACUUGUUAAAGGAAUCGUUAACCGGAACAUCGCUAAAGGAUCGAACGUUGAAACCGUUGCCGACGCUUUGCGACGCCGGUGCGGUAGCUUUUGCAGCGCUGAAGAUGUUGUUAUCUUCAAGGCUCAAGAGCUGCUUAAGAGAGCAACGGAAGCCGGUUCGAAUUCCGAGUUAGGCCGCAACUUACUCAACGAAAGUCUUCACCUGUUUCAACAGGUGUCCGACAGCUUGCCAAUGGAUUACUUGGUUUCUGCGGUCGAAAACUUCAUAUUGAAUCAAUUCUUUGCAGGCGCCAUCCAGCUUGCACUUAAUGUUGCUGCACGUUCGGACAAAGCUAAUAUGGCCCUCUCCUGGAUUGUGGAUGGUCGGCCAGAAAAUGACUCUCGGAGUGACUACUUCUAUUUUAGGAAACAGUGCUAUGAUCUUAUCUUCAAGGUCAUAAUUGCUGUGGACAAUCUUGCAGCUAAUGAUCCAGGUGUUAUCGAUGGCCAACUAACUGUCAUUGCUAAACGCAAGAACGAAGCCUAUGGGGUUAUCUCUGACUCCAUUGACGAAGUGUUCCUGACCAGUUUGUAUGACUGGUACCUAGAGCAGGGCUGGAGCGAGCGCCUGUUGCAGACAAGCUCCGCAUUUGUGGUCACUUAUCUUGAGCGCAAGUCGGUGGAUGACCUUGCGCAUGCGGACCUCCUAUGGAGGUACUAUGCUCAGUCGGACCGCUUUUUCGAAGCUGCCAAGGUUCAAUUCCAUCUUGCACAGAGCGCUUUCACUCUUCCCCUUGGUCGCAGGAUUGAGUAUUUGGGCCGUGCCAGGGCCAACGCUUCAACCUUUACACCGGAUGUGGGCCGACAGUCCAGGCAACGGUUGUUGCAGGAUAUCUCAAAUCUUAUUGAUCUUGCGAACAUUCAAGACGAUCUUUUGCAACGCCUCAAGGAUGACAAACGACUAGCCCCAGAGCGCAGGACGCAGGUGCUUGCAGACGUUGACGGACCCAUCAUGGAUAUUAGCAUGUUGUUCAACCAAUACGCCGAUCCUGCUAGCUAUUACGAUAUUUGCUUGCAAAUAUUCUACCUAGCUGAUCACCGGAACCCGGCCGACAUUCGGUCCACAUGGCAGCACCUACUCCAAGAUCUGCACGACGAAAUUAUCGAGAACGGUGAACCCCAACCCUACGAAGCCGUAAUUGAUAAGGUGCGCGGCUUAGGAAGCCGGUUGCGUAUGUCCGAGAUAGUGUUCCCGAUCCCCGUUCUUCUGCCGAUGCUGGAACGCUAUGCGCUGGAGCACCAGCGUGGUGUUGGGCCGGCAACAUGGGUCAUUGAUCUGUUCCUCGACCUAGGAGUUGCGCACGAAACGCUUUACACCGUCCUUGAAUCCAUGUACUACACGGAUGAGGCGCCCUUCCAUGGUACCAACCGGAAAUACAUCGCCAAGGACCUCCUUUAUCUCAUCGAGCGCUGGUUCCACGACACCGUCCGACUGGGCGGAACCGUCUUCGGCAGCGAUGUGGUCGCGGAACGCAUCACAGAGACGCUGCUUCUGCUACAGCAGGGCGGCAAUAUCCCUCCGGAACAGUUGCAAUUGGCCAAUGAGCUGCGGGCACGGGUUGAAGAUAUACUGCGGUAAUUAAUGGAUGCAAUUAUGAGGCGCAGCUAAAAAAAGAAACUCUUUAUCAUUUUAUCCAUCAUUUUAUGUGUGCUUUGAUUCCAUUGUACUAGCUAGCCAUCUGGAGUUCAUUUGUUGUUGUACGUUGGUUGGUUCAUAGGUUUUUGGCUGUGCAGCAUAGGUAGGUAGGUAUAUGUCAUCUUCGAAUCCUCCAUUCAACACAUCCUAUUGAGUGAUUGUGUAUGUUAAGUCUCAGAAUCGUUAGAAUCAAGUAGAAAGAGAGGGUGUAUCAUAUCAUCUCGAUUAAUUUAUAUAUUAACCGACCUCA